AUGUCGGACAGCUUUGCUCCUCGGGUCCUCGCCGAGUCGGCCCCCGGGUCUUCAGGCGGUAUCGAGAAUAAGGAUGGCCUCUUGGCCACUGUCGACGACCGUGACAGCGAAGUCGCCUCUACUACAGGCCAGAUCGAACAGAAACGCGAAGCGAAGCGCCAGAUCGGCAUCAUCUCCGCCGCCUUCCUGAUCUUCAACCGCAUCGUCGGCACCGGUAUCUUCGCCACCCCGGGCAGCAUCCUCGGCCUCUCCGGGUCCGUCGGCCUGGCCCUCUUCAUGUGGGUAGCCGGCAUGCUCAUCGCCUGCGCCGGUAGCGCCGUCUACCUCGAGUUCGGAACCGCCAUCCCCAAGAACGGCGGCGAGAAGAACUACCUCGAGUUCGUCUACCGCAAGCCCCGCUUCCUCGUCACCGGCCUGUACGCCGGCUACGUCGUCCUCCUCGGCUGGGCCGCCGGCAACUCCGUCGUCUUCGGCGAGUACAUCCUGCACGCCGCCAGCGUCGAGAUCGACCGCUGGAACCAGCGCGCCGUCGGCCUCGCCUGCAUCACCGUCGCCUUCCUCAUCCACGGCACCGCCCUCAAAUGGGGCCUGCACCUGCAGAACUUCCUGGGCUGGGUCAAGCUGACCAUCGUCGCCAUCAUGAUCAUCGCCGGCUUCGUCGCCCUGGGCGGCCACCUGAAGAUCCCCAACGACUUCAACAACUUCCACAACGCCUUCGAGGGCACCACCGCUUCGGGCUACGGCGUCGUCACCUCGCUCUACAACGUCAUCUGGUCCUACCUCGGCUACAGCAACGCCAACUAUGCCCUCAGCGAGACCAAGAACCCCGUCCGGACCCUCAAGAUCGCCCUCCCCCUCGCCCUGGGCGCCAUCUCCGUCAUCUACAUGCUCAUCAACAUUGCCUACUUCGCCGCCGUCCCCAAGGACGACAUCCUCAACUCGGGCCGUCUUGUGGCUGCUCUCCUCUUCCGCAACGUCCUCGGCGGAACCGCCGAGCGUGCCCUUUCCGUCUUCGUCGCCCUCUCGGCCUUUGGAAACGUCUUGUCCGUCAUCUUCUCCCAAGGCCGCAUCGUCCAGGAACUCGGUCGCGAGGGCAUCUUGCCCUUUUCUCGCCUCUGGGCCAGCAACCGUCCCUUCAACGCUCCUCUCGCCGGUCUCUUCGAGCAUUGGCUCAUCUGCGUCAUUGUCAUGCUUGCUCCCCCGCCUGGCGAUGCCUACAACUUCAUUCUGAACCUCAUCUCCUACCCUCUCGCCAUCGUCAACACCUUCGUCGCCGCCGGCCUCGCCUACCUCUACUUCAACCGCGCCGCCCUCAGCUGGAACCCUCCCUUCAGCGCCACCCUCCCCGUUAUUGGCUUCUUCUUCCUCAGCAACCUGUACCUCGUCAUCGCUCCGUUCGUCCCCCCUCCCACCCCGGACCAGAACCAGUACGCCGAGCUUCCCUACUGGAUCCACUGCGUUGUCGGCUUCGGCAUCAUCUUCCUGGGCGGCGUCUAUUGGCUCUUCUGGGCCGUCAUCCUCCCCAAGGUCGGCAAAUACGAGCUCGUGCGCGAGGUUGUCGUCGAUGACAUUGAUGGCUGGGAGCGUAACGUCUUCUUUAGGCGGCCUCUUGGCUCUACUGCCUCCGAUGAUGGAGCUAUUGCAGAGGGCAAUAGCCAGUAG